AUAACCUUUUUUUUACUGUGGCCAUCAUAUGUACAACCAGCAAAAUAAAGUUUUUGUUCGACGUAAUUUUGUUAAGCUAAUUUAUCUACAACAUUAAUACAGAAAUAAAUAUAUCAAAAAAAUAACUUUCAUUUAUUUUAACGGAUAUACUUUUUUUUUUUUUGAUAAGAAUGUUACGAAUUUGUGUAAUCAUAUGUUUACUCAGUGGAGUCUUAUCACAAACACCUGGCUUAGGUAGCUGUCCACAACCUAAAGUCCAAUCAAAAUUUAAUCUUGAAAAAUAUCAAGGGCUAUGGUAUGAGAUGCGACAUAGCAUUCCAAAUAUAUAUGAACUAUAUUCAAAAUGCACUACGGCUAAUUACACAUUAGACGAGUACGGUUUUUUGAUCGCCGAAAACCGGCAGUUUUCAACUGUAAAUCGAUUUCAAACACGAAUGAUGGGAAAUGCGACUAUUGACAAAGAAAAUUGUGAUGAAGAUUCACCAGAAUGUGGUAAAUUGAUCAUUGGAUUUCCAUCGGCUUAUACCGGUAAAACAAUCGGUCCUUAUUGGGUGCUGGCUACGGAUUAUUCUUCUUUUGCCACUGUUUGGAGCUGCAUAGAAUACGAUUCAUAUCAUUUCAAAUAUGUUUGGAUUUUGGCAAGAGAAGAACAUCCAGCGACAUCAGUUGUCAAAGCGGCAAUGCGCAUUUUGAAAAUAAACGGCCUAAAUGACAUACCUAUGGCAGACACAAAUCAAAAUGAUUGUCCUUUAAAAAUAUAAUAGUUUAUUAUUUUUACCUCCAUUAUUUAUUUGAAAUCAAACAAAUCUGUUCUAUUCCUACUACAACUUUUUCGACACAAAGAUAAACCGAAUUAAUAAAGUAUAAUCAAUAAAAAAAACUGAAUAAAUAAUUUCUCAAUCCGUUAGUAAGUAAACACAAGUUUUAAUCUUAUGAAUUAUAUUAAAAAAUGUAUCUUAGCUUAUUUUUAAUAUCCACA